GGUUAUAUUGGUACAAUGGUAUAUAAAGAUCAGCGUCAGAACUGCCGGUAUCAUUUCUUAUCCUGCAAUACUACAUUCAACAUGAACAGCAAGGUCCUUCUCUUCAUUUGCCUCGCAGCCGUUGUAGCUGCCGAGAGCCGGGAAUCCUUCGAGUCCUACGAGUCAGGUGAAGCGAAAUACGACUUCAACUGGGCUGUCAAACAUGACGAUUCUGGCAACGAUUUCGGCCACCAGGAGGCCCGUGACGGAGACCACACACAGGGAUCCUAUUACGUGCAGCUCCCCGACGGCCGCCUGCAGACCGUCAGGUACGUCGUGGACGGCGACGACGGAUAUGUGGCCGAAGUGAACUACGAGGGCGAGGCUCGUUACCCUGACUCAUACGAGUCAAAUGAGUCGAAGUAGAUUAUUUUUCGUCUUUCUAUUUUACUGCAUAUAACGUGACCCAUCAACAGACAACACUUUAUUAU